UUGUCCUAGUAUAAUCCCACCCGCGAGGGGUAAACGCGGGAGGCCAAUAAAAGACUCCUCCCACCUGCAGACUCCAUCUCUUCCCUCCAUCCCUUGUCUCGAUUCCCUUCGUACAGAGGAUCAGACGGUUAGACCGAUUCGGACUCCCCAAACUCACCGUGUCAACCCUGAUCGCAGACUCGAACCCAUCGACAUGGAGAUCGCCCCGGAGUCGCCGCCUAUUCGAGGCGGCGAUAGUCUCGAAUCGUCGUCGUCGUCUUCGUCUCCUUAUGUUUCGUCUUCUCUUCGAGGUAUGAAGGAGAGCGAAGCGGCGAUGACCGUGACGGCGAGGUAUGAGGAGGACGAGGAGGAGGAGGACGUGUGCCGAAUCUGCCGGAACCCAGGGGACACGGAUAACCCACUCCGGUUCCCGUGUGCGUGUAGCGGAAGCAUCAAGUACGUCCACCAGGAUUGCCUUUUGCAGUGGCUCAAUCACAGCAACGCUCGCCAGUGCGAGGUCUGCAAACAUGCAUUUUCCUUCUCCCCAGUAUAUGCUGAGAAUGCUCCGGCAAGGCUUCCUUUUCAGGAGUUUGUAGUUGGGAUGGCAAUGAAAGCUUGUCAUGUUCUGCAAUUUGUUUUGCGCCUUGGUUUUGUCCUUUCAGUUUGGCUCCUCAUUAUACCUUUCAUUACAUUCUGGAUAUGGCGGUUGGCUUUUGUGAGGAGUUUUGGCGAAGCCCAGAGAUUAUUCCUAAGUCAUUUAUCCACUACAGUUAUCCUUACCGAUUGUCUACAUGGGUUCCUACUUUCUGCUAGCAUCGUGUUCAUUUUUCUCUGUGCAACAUCUUUGAGGGAUUACUUCCGGCAUUUACGGGAAAUUGGAGGUCAGGAUGCUGAGAGAGAAGAUGAAGGGGAAAGAAAUGGUGCUCGUGCUGGAAGAAGACCUCCUGGGCAAGCUAAUAGGAAUAAUGCAGGUGAUGGAAAUGUUGAAGAUGUGGGUGCGGGACAAGGGGUUGCAGGAGCUGGUCAAAUGCUCAGGAGGAAUGCAGAAAAUGUUGCUGCCCGGUGGGAGAUGCAGGCAGCUCGUCUUGAAGCUCAUGUUGAACAGAUGUUUGAUGGUUUGGAUGAUGCUGAUGGUGCAGAGGAUGUGCCUUUUGACGAGCUUGUUGGCAUGCAGGGCCCUGUCUUUCAUUUGGUUGAAAAUGCAUUCACUGUUCUGGCAAGCAAUAUGAUAUUCCUUGGUGUUGUGAUCUUUGUGCCUUUUUCGUUAGGUCGGAUUAUACUCUAUUAUGUAUCUUGGAUUUUCUUUGCUGCUAGUGGAUCAGUUUUGUCUACGGUCCUGCCAAUUACAGACACUGCCCUCUCCUUAGCAAAUAUUACAUUGAAGAAUGCAUUAACUGCGGUUACAAAUUUGUCAUCCGAAAGUCAAGAAAAUGGUCUGGUAGGCCAGGCUGCCGAAAUGUUGAAUAGUAACUUUAGUGGUCUAAAUGAAGCCUCAAACAACAUUACUUCAGCACUCUCAACAGAUCUAUUGAGAGGGGCCAGUGUUGGGGUAUCACGGCUUUCUGAUGUUACUACUCUUGCUGUUGGAUAUAUUUUUAUCUUUUCUCUAGUUUUCUUCUAUCUUGGCAUUGUUGCGUUGAUUCGAUACACUAAGGGUGAGCCUUUGACUAUGGGGAGAUUCUAUGGUAUUGCUUCUAUAGCAGAGACAGUUCCAUCUCUCUUCAGGCAGUUUUUGGCCGCAAUGAGGCAUUUGAUGACCAUGAUAAAGGUUGCUUUCCUUCUUGUCAUUGAACUUGGAGUGUUUCCUCUGAUGUGUGGAUGGUGGAUAGAUGUUUGUACUAUAAGGAUGUUUGGGAAGUCCAUGGCUCAAAGAGUUCAAUUCUUCUCAGCUUCUCCUUUAGCAAGCUCAUUGGUUCAUUGGGUUGUUGGAAUUGUUUACAUGCUACAAAUAAGCAUAUUCGUCAGCCUUCUUAGAGGGGUUUUGCGUAAUGGAGUGUUGUACUUUCUUCGUGAUCCUGCUGAUCCAAACUACAAUCCAUUCCGUGAUUUGAUUGAUGACCCUGUGCACAAGCAUGCUCGCAGGGUUCUGCUAUCAGUUGCUGUUUAUGGGAGUUUGAUUGUCAUGCUGGUGUUCUUACCAGUUAAACUUGCCAUGCGGAUGGCUCCCGCCAUUUUUCCACUUGAUAUAUCGGUGUCUGACCCAUUUACUGAAAUUCCGGCUGACAUGCUUCUUUUUCAAAUUUGCAUUCCAUUUGCCAUCGAGCAUUUUAAAUUGCGGACAACAAUCAAAUCCUUUUUAAGAUAUUGGUUUACAGCAGUUGGCUGGGCACUUGGUUUAACAGAUUUCUUAUUGCCCCGAGCUGAGGACAAUGGUGGUCAGGAAAACGGGACUGGGGACCCAGGAAGGCAAGAUAGAGUACAGGCAGUACAACUAGGUGUACAGGAUCGUGCCCUGGUGGCAGUUGCUGGUGUGGAUGAUCCAAAUAGAGGUGUUCUUGCAUCAGAGGACUUGAAUAUUUCAGAAGACUAUGAUAGUGACGAACAAUCUGAUUCAGACAGGUAUGGCUUUGUACUUCGCAUUGUCCUCUUGUUGGUGGUGGCAUGGAUGACUCUACUUAUCUUCAACUCUACCUUGAUAGUUAUACCAGUUUCACUUGGAAGGACAAUUUUCAAUGCAAUUCCUCUUCUUCCGAUGACUCAUGGCAUCAAGUGUAAUGAUCUUUAUGCUUUCAUCAUUGGAAGCUAUAUGAUUUGGACUGCUAUAGCUGGUGCUAGAUACUGCAUUGAGCAUAUUAGAACAAAGAGGGCUGCAGUUUUGUUGAGCCAAAUCUGGAAGUGGUGUGGCAUUGUUUUCAAGAGUUCUGCACUUCUAUCUAUAUGGAUUUUUGUUAUCCCUGUAUUGAUUGGACUACUAUUUGAGCUUUUGGUGAUUGUGCCUAUGCGAGUGCCCGUGGAUGAAAGCCCAGUUUUCCUCCUGUAUCAGGAUUGGGCAUUGGGUCUGAUCUUUCUUAAGAUCUGGACUAGACUGGUCAUGUUGGAUCACAUGAUGCCACUGGUGGACGAAAGCUGGCGAAUAAAAUUUGAGAGAGUGAGAGAAGAUGGUUUCUCCAGGCUGCAAGGAUUUUGGGUGUUGCGUGAGAUUGUGUUCCCAAUCAUAAUGAAGCUGUUGACAGCCUUAUGUGUACCUUAUGUUUUAGCCAGAGGGGUGUUUCCUGUUCUUGGGUAUCCAUUAGUAGUAAACUCUGCAGUCUACCGGUUUGCCUGGCUGGGAUGCCUCUGCAUUAGCCUGUUGUUUUUUUGUGCCAAGAGAUUCCAUGUCUGGUUCACCAAUCUUCACAAUUCCAUACGUGAUGAUCGCUAUUUGAUUGGCCGGAGGCUUCAUAACUUUGGGGAACACAUUGAAGAGAGUAGAAGUGAGGUAGGGACUUCCUUGGAAACGCAAAAUUCUAAUCUGCACGGCACUAGUUUAAUUAGACACGACCAAGAAGUUGAUGUGGGGUUGCGGCUGAGGCGUGCUAACCAACAUGAUCCUUGACAUAUUGGGCAUGCGCUUUGUCAGUUUUGGCAUUGUCGAGGCUUUAAUGGAAGCAUUGGAUGUGUACACUUCUCUCUUCGGUGUGUUCAAAUGCUAUGUUAUGUUGAGGGUUAUGUGGGGUUUGUGCAUAUUGUACUUUUUCAGUUAUUAGACAAACAAAUAAAAUAUAUUUUGUUCAAAAAAUUGCAUAGAUUGUCUUAUAUUUGCCACGUUUUCCAAGUGUAUAAUUAUGAUACCUAAACUUCUAGCCUUGCUGAUGUAGAUUAGGACCUCAUUUGAGUUGCAUUUCCAUUGUUUUGUCAGAA